CUGAGAUGGCAUCAAGAGGCUGUAAGCAUCCUACAGACUCAUUUUGCUAUGUCUGCGGCCAAUUUAUCAAGACAAGAGCGAAAAAGUAGUCUGUGGAAGCGUCUGCUAAGAUAAGUGAGGCCUACAAGGCAUAUUUCGGCAUGCCUGUCGGGGAUCAAGACAAACCCUGGGCACCUCAUUUCACCUGCGAGCAAUGCAAAAAAACUCUGGAAGGAUGGUACAGAGGGGAAAAGAGAGCCAUGAAGUUCACUAUCCCAAUAAUUUUGUGGGAACCAUUGACCACUCAAGCAACUGCUACUUCUGCAUGCUCACUCGGUGUACCUCAAAGAGGAUUACAACAGUAUCAAGACCUUGCUGGAUGCCUUGAAUACGGCUGGGAGGUCAUCGGAGACUUCAAAAUGGUGGCAUUCCUGAUGGGUCUCCAAGGUGGUUUUACCAAGUUUCCCUGCUAUCUUUGCCUUUGGGAAAGCAGGGACACCAAGGCGCACUACCACAGGUGGAACUGGCCACAACGGACCGAGUUCUCUGUGGGGAGGAACACUGUCAAGUGGGAGCCACUGGUGGACCCCCGGAAGGUGCUGAUGCCACCACUGCACAUCAAAUUGGGCCUUAUGAAACAAUUUGUCAGAGCUGUAGAUAAGGAGUCGGCAGCCUUCAAGUACCUUCAAGACUUCUUCCCUAAGCUGUCUGAGGCAAAGGUCUUAGCCGGUGUCUUUGUCGGACCACAGAUAAAGAAGAUCCUGGAGUGCAAUAAAUUCCCCAAGAAACUCACUAGUAAGGAGAAAGUGGCUUGGGACAGCUUUGUUGCAGUGGUUCGUGGCUUCCUGGGCAAUCACAAGGUCGAAAACUAUGUGGAGCUGGUUGAGACUCCAGUGAAGAACUACAGCAAAAUGGGCUGUUGGAUGUCCCUCAAAGUCCAUAUCCUUGAUGCUCAUCUUGAUAAAUUCAAGGAGAACAUGGGAGCUUACUCGGAGUAGCAAGGUGAUCGCUUCCACCAGGAUAUACUGGACUUUGAACGCUGCUACCAAGGACAGUAGAAUGAGAACAUGAUGGGAGACUACAUUUGGGGGCUGAUUCGUGAAAGUGAUUUACAGCAUAAUAGUAAAUCUCGAAAAACUACUCACUUCUAAAUCUUUUGCAGUAAUUUUUUUAUUACUUUAGUAUAAACACAUGUCAAUUUUGAUUCAUAAGUUGUUUUUUUUCUGACAUUGUGAACGAUAAGACACAAAUUUGCCCGUUUUCUCAUUGAAAAUAGGUAAAUUUCAAAAUAUCACUUUCCUGGUCACAAAAGCAAUGUUUUUGGGGAAUAAUAGCCAUUUUCUAUCCUUUUUAAGCAUAAGCAAUUACAAAAUAACACUACCCUGGAAUAAAAACUGUGUUACAUAGUGAGCUAUCAAUGAUUAAAUAAUGUGACAGAAGUGGAAUUUAAACAAAUCAGCUUACAAAUGGCAAAAAGGAACGAUUAAAUCAUGAAGAAUAUAACUGUGCUUUCAAUAUUCUACCAUCAACAAUGCCGUGGCAUGAAACCUUGAUAAAUAUUGUGUAUGUAACAGCAGGCCUAUGCACAAAUAAUAUACAACAGCCCAAAUAUCUCUUGCACUAAAAUCAUAUAUUCAUCAUAUCUACAUUGAUACGUGACAUUGACAUUGGAGCAGCAUUAAAAAAAAAGGUUAUGAUGAAUAUAUAACUGUUCACAUUAAAAUGGUGUCGGAAGCUAUUUUGCAAUUGUUCUGCUCCAGAAGUUUUACUUUGAAGAGGGAAUGGCAGGACCUUGUCCCAGCGGUACGCAGGGCUUGUAAGACCAACACAAAAGGAACGUUAUUGCAUUCAGGUGAGUUACUACACAGAAGAACAGUGUCCCCCAAGCUGGCUGAUUUUAUCACCCGAUGAAAACCAACGUCAGGCAAUCAUCCAUAUCUUUUCAUUUUUGCAAAAAAGGCUAUAAUCAUAAUAUGGAGUAGAGGGGGGGGGGGGCUGGGUGUGCUUUUGAGCUCGUAACAAGUGGUGCCAGUGUGCG